AUGGACAAAAUAUUUGAGAAGGGACAUGCAGAGGAAGCACCACCUAUUCCAGAUACGAAAGAACGAUGGUACCUUCCCAUGCUCGGUGUUUAUCACCCGCAAAAAAGAGAUUCCAUACGAAUGGUGUUUGACUCAUCUGCGAAGUUCAACAACAUUUCACUCAAUGAUGUCCUCCUGAAAGGUCCAGACAUCACGAACAAUCUUCAAGGCAUUCUAUUACGCUUUCGUCGUGAGAAGGUAGCAGUAAUAGGGGAUGUGGAACAGAUGUUUCACAAUUUUAAGGUGAAAUUAGAUCACAGAGAUUACUUGCGCUUUUUAUGGCAUCCAGAAAACAAUUUAGACCUGCCAUUAAAGGAGUACCGAAUGACCGUCCAUGUCUUUGGGAAUCGCCCAUUCCUGGCAGUCGCAACAUAUGGACUACGUCGUUGUGUUGCUUACUCUGACCCUGAUGUGAUUGACUUCAUAUCGAAAGACUUUUACGUAGAUGAUGGACUCUUAAGUUGUCCAAGUGAAGGUAUGGCCAUAGACCUGAUGAAGAGAACUCAGCUUGCUCUGAAAGAAGGGGGACAACUAAAACUUCACAAAAUCUCCUCAAAUUCUAAGUCAGUGUUGUUGAAGUUUCCAGCGGAUGAUCUAGCCAAAGACCUGAAGGAUUUAGAUAUUGGUGGAGAUGAUUUACCUGUCCAGAGAAGUCUCAGCAUGUCAUGGGACAUCAAUGCUAACGUCUUCACCUUCAAGAUAUCUACUGAUGGGAAGCCCUUCACUCGUAGGGGAGUUUUAUCAACCAUCAAUAAUCUGUUCGACCCCCUUGGUUUUGCAUCACCAGUGACUGUACAGGGGAAGAUGUUAUUCCGGCAGAUGUUGACAACUUCUGGCAAUGUUGAUUGGGAUAAUCCUCUCGAUGAUUCAUUUCACUCGAAAUGGUCAGCUUGGGUCAGCUCUAUCCGCCAUCUCCAGGACAUCAGUAUCCCAAGGAUGUGCUGCAAGUUUUCUGUUAUCGAAGCAUUGCGCAAGGAAGUGCACAUCUUUACCGACGCUUCUAAGGAUGCGAUAGCAGCAGUAGUGUUUUUGAAGGUGUGGAAGGAUAGUGAUAACAGUGAAGUUGGUUUCCUUAUGGGAAAGGCAAAAGUGGCCCCAGCACAUGGGCACACCAUUCCCAUCUAG